AGCAGACGGCGACACGACGCAAUUCCAAAAUAAGUUAGGUUAGAGUCGUGCAGUAGAGUGACAGUGUUUUGCGAUUCGUACAUUUUUCGCCUGUCCAAUUUUUCUGCAGCAUCGGCGAGUCUUAAUCGGUGAUACUACCGUGAUAAUUUAGCGUAGCCGUUAAUAGAAAGAAUGCUGAUAAAAGUGAAGACACUUACGGGGAAGGAGAUUGAAAUAGAUAUAGAACCAACAGACAAGGUAGAGAGAAUUAAAGAAAGAGUGGAAGAGAAGGAGGGAAUACCACCUCAACAGCAGCGAUUAAUAUUCUCUGGCAAACAGAUGAACGAUGAGAAGACUGCGCAAGAUUACAAAGUCCAGGGCGGUUCGGUGCUGCAUUUGGUACUUGCGUUGAGAGGAGGCUGUAGAUAUAACAUUCCUCAUUUAUAAACGACAACGAGAGAACAUUAAGGAAUUGCGAGAGCCAGA